AUGAUUGAAGCUGCUAGGAAGAAACCACUCAUUACCAUGUUAGAAGAAAUCCGGAUUUAUGUAAUGGAAAGUUUAUAUAUCUACAAGACCAAGGGUCAAUCUUGGGAUCUAAACAUAUGUCCUUCCAUAAGGUUGAAGUUGAACAAGCUCAAGGAAAAACAAAGGUUUUGGCAAGUGGUACCUUCUGGUUAUAUGCAAUUUGAGGUGAGGGUAGCGAUUGAUGGAUAUGUUGUAGACCUUAAUACCAGGCAAUGUGGAUGCAGGGCAUGUCAGUUAGCAGGGUAUCCUUGUGUGCAUGGAUAUACUGCCAUUUCAAGCCUCAAUAGGGACCCUGAGGACUAUGUGUCAGAAUGGUUUACUACAUCAAUGUAUGCAAGUUGUUAUAGCUAUAACAUUAGGCCACUGAAUUGUAGUGCUAUUUGGCAUGAAGUGGAUUACACCAAACCAUUGCCCCCUAAAAAAAGGCUACCUGGAAUACCAACAAUGAAAAAGAAAAGAGAUCAGGUUGAGAGAGAAGAUAAGGGAACAAGGCAUACGAUCUCAAAGAAUGGAAUGAUCUUGAGAUGUACCAUUUGUAAGGAAAGAGGGUAUAACAGAUCAACAUGUCCUCAAAGACCAAAUGAGGUACCAUCUACUUCAGGUUCUAAAAAAAAAAAAGAAACCUAA